CGUCAGCGCCGGAGCGGAGCGGAGCGGAGCAGAGCAGAGCAGAGCAGGGGAGCCCUGGCAACAAGAAGACACACAAACUCAGCAGCCCGUUACACCCCACAGGAAUGUUGACUGUGGCUGCGGACAGACAAAACUGAAAGGACAUCGAGACACCUGGGAAGCUUCUCCUCCACUCCUGGAAAGACUCAGUCCUCGCGUCAGUCAAAGUAAAGCUCUGGAUGGUUGUCGGCUCCCAGCUGAGCAGGACGCUCCACCUUCUCCGCCCACGUAGCUCUGACUCCUCUGCUCAGACACGCACAAAAAACCCACCAACCCGUUCAGGAGUGCUGAGUCCCUCAGUCCACGUUCGUCAUUGUGGGAUAUAGUCUGGAAAACUCUCCAUGGCCUUUGCUGCCUGCUGACAAACCAGGAAGUCUGGAGCAGUCGUGUUGAAUGAGGCUUUCACUCUGUGUGGGAAGACUUUCUUUUGGAGGGAAAUGAUUCCACAUGAAGUACAACGUACUCGGCCCCCCAUCAUCCUCUGCAGCAGCAGCAGGCGUAACGUUGUGACGCUCUCUCAUACCAGACUGGGCUCAGCCCUCGGCCACUGAAGAUUCCUGGACAGAUCAGGCCGCCCCACUCCUCCCAUUAACCAACCUUUUGUUAUCUCCAUUUCCGAUCCUAAUUUCAGUGAAACACAAUGUUUGUCAGCUGUUUGGAGUAAAAUGGAGGCAGGUUUUUAAAGGUUCAUUUGCAAUUGACCUGAAAAAGGAAUUAAGCAUUAAAAGCAAAAAGAAAGGAUUGAAGGAAAGUGACGAGGACAGUCGGAGUGAAAGUUCAAAACAAGAAAGGGAAUCGUAUUGGAUCAAUUUUAAAGAAAGACUACAGCAAGUACAGUUGCGAGUACAAAGACGUGAAGUGAAAUCAACAUGAAGUCCAACCAGGAACGCAGCAAUGAAUGUCUGCCCCCCAAAAAGAGGGGCACAUCAAGUACAUUACCACCUGAAAGUCGCUCUCCGGCUAUACCACCUGUUUAUGACAGGCCGGAGAACACGGCCUGCUAUGUUAGUGCAGCUGGUGGAAAUGAAAGCAAUAUAAGUGCACAUGAUAGGUCAAACAAAACUGAUGGGCCCCAGUAUAGAUCCCCCUCCACCUUAUCAGACUCUUCCACCUCCUCUUCCUCUUUGAGGCUAGUAUCAUCUCUCCCCACAGUGUACACAUCCCCCCUAUCUCAAUCUACGAUUGGAGGAACAGUCCAUUAUACACAACUGCCUCCCAAUAUGCAGUUCAUCGCUUCAUCGUACACUACUCCAUAUACAAGCUACAUUUCUCCUCAGAUACUCCCACCUCCUCCUCCGCCUCCCCCUCUCUCCUCCUCUUCAGCCACACAGAGACCAUCGUACACAGAGACGUCACCUGCUCAGACGCUGGUCACCAAACAGGAACAGCAUCGAGCGUCCUCGGGACGUACCUCCAUGCCUCCUCCUUCUACGGACCCUUUUCCCCAUCAUAUUCAAAUGUCAACGUCGCCAAGGACUGUGUCAUCACCUCAUCACCUACCGUCCCAGUCCAUGCAUCACCACCAAUCAUUGGGGAAAUAUACAGAUGGCUAUAGCAGAAAGGAGGAAGGAACCAGACACAGAGAGCUCCAUAACGGGGAGCUGGAGAGGGGUAGGAGAUUUGGACCCCCACCAGAACCUGGCCUCUUAAAGUCGGGAGGUAAAUCAAGGGAGGACAGGUCCUCCUUGUCUUCCUUUGAGGCUCGUCAUCUGGUUUUACCGUCAGACUACUCUACUCAUGAUCACCUAGGGUUAAGAACCUCUGUCAUGUUAAUACCUAAUAGCCAUGGGGACCACCAGUUGGUACCACCCAGAGCCAGCCCUGAGAAACUGACAGCUUCCACGCCCACACACCAGGAGAAAGGCAGCAUGGGUAAGCCUGUCAGUCGCCCACCCUCAUCAUCCAACACCACCUGCUCUUUCACAUUUCCACCUCCACUAAGUGCAGACAGUCUGAAAGCGGCUGUCGGCACACUGCCGCCCCAGACUGUUAUCCAGACCACCCACAGUGCUUCAGAGCCACUGUCAAUGGGACUCCCUUCGACAAGCAUCUACCCACAGCAACCUCUUAUUGGUUACAUUACAGGGGGCAGUGGGAGCAGCUACCACACCGGCCUACAGCAACACUUGCUCAUUCCAGGCACCCAACCAGUCAUCAUCCCAGUUAGCGGAGGUGGGGUCCCCACAUUAGAAUCUGUAACCUCCCACAUUACAUCAUCAACUCAAGCUGCACCUUUUCCUGCUACACUCCCACACACAUACAUCGCUGCCACUGCCCCGAAAGGAGAAACUGUGGAGACCCAAAGUGGCUCGUUCCAUGUGGCUGCUCCAGGCGCAGUGGUUCAAGCCCAGCUUCAUCUCCCCAUUGUUCCCGCUCCACCAGGGCUAGUUGCAGCUUCCACUCCUCCAGCUCAUUCAAGUACAGUGGUGUCCCCCUCACUCCCGCCAUAUUUUAUCAAGGGUUCCAUCAUCCAGCUGGCAGAUGGCGAGCUGAAACGCGUGGAGGACCUGAAGACAGAGGACUUCAUCCAGAGUGCAGAGAUUAGCAGUGAGCUGAAGAUCGAUUCAUCCACGGUGGAGCGCAUAGAAGGGAGCCACACCUCACCUAACUUUGCUGUUGUUCAGUUCUCUGUUGGUGAGCAUCGCACACAGGUGAGUGUGGAGGUGUUGCUUGAGUACCCCUUCUUUGUGUUUGGCCAAGGAUGGUCUUCAUGUUGUCCAGACCGAACCACUCAGCUUCUGGAGCUGCCUUGUACAAAGCUUUCCGUGGGUGAUGUUUGUAUUUCACUCACUCUCAAAAACCUGAAGAACGGCUCUCUGAAGAAGACGCAAUCUCCGGAACCAGAAAACAACGCUUCAGGCCCUCACUCUAGCCACGGGCACCUUAAACCCCCCAGAGCCAUCUCGGAAGAAUCCCAGAGCUGCAGUGUGGGAAAUUUCAGACACAGAGAGCGCGAGAACGGGAUCAGCCAGCGGGGGGGCGGCGAAAGCGGGAGUGGGAGUGGAGGAGACCCCAGAGUGGAAAAUGGAGAUCUCACAUUUGGGGAAAGAGGAUCUGUUUCCAAAAGUCAGGUUGCCAGGAGCACAGACCCCAGCUCCAGUAGGCCGUCGGGCAGCAGAAAGCGGAGGUGGUCUGCCCCCGAGGGUCGGAAAGUAGAAAAAUCAGAAGAGGAGCCCCCUUUGACCUUGCCCAAACCUUCCUUCAUUCCUCACGACGUGAAAGUCAGCAUUGAGGGAAGGUCAAAUAUUGGCAAGUAAAAAGGAAAGCAGGACUGUUAAAAACAUUUGGGAUUACAAAAGAAACAAAACAGGAUUCUUCAGAAAAAGGAAUGCCCACAUUAAUAUUUCAUUUGUUUAUUUUAUGUUUUGUUUUCUAUCUUGAAUACUGUACUGUAGAGGUAACUGUACUCUACGGCGUAUCACCUUACAUAUUAUCACAUGAGCAAUCGGUGCCGAUGUUGGUGAUAUUUUCAUGAGAUGAUGUAUGCUGUGGGAUUGGGGAGGAGUGCUCAACUUUGUUUUUGGUGGCUCUGUGACACACUGGCACCACGCUCGAUGGCUCUGCCCUGCCACAGACACUUUACACAAUAUGUAAAUUUCACGCUGAUGCAGGCUCUCUUGGUUUUUUCUUGACAGCAAUUUCAUUCCCUGGGCGCUUGUACGGAGACUGCCUGGAUAAAAAAAAAACACUUCAACCACCGACACUUUCCAAGUUAGCAGUAAAACAUCAGCUGAUUUUAAAGAUUGGGGAUUUGUAGCUAAAUCCUGAAUGUAAUUGUCAAAAGUAACUGGGAUUUGGUACAUUUUAUGUCCAUCUUUUAUUUUUCUAUAAAUGCGUCAGAACAAAUCACGCAGGGGUCACCGAGUAGAGCCAGUGUGUCACAUAGUAGAGAGGGAACAACACUUACUCUGCUUACUUUAUUGACAGCAGAGUCUUUACUUUUAUCUGUAGCAUUUUCAUCUUAAUGUUUUAAUUUUGUUAACCUCUCAUCUUUUAUCUCACAAGAUAGUUGCUUUAAAUGAUUGUCAAAAAAAACAAACUAAAUCAGGGGUCAUUUAUUCCUUGAUUGAACCCUAGUUGGGUCGUUGUUGGUGUAUAAAUGUGAUACCCUAACCUGAUACAUACAAGUGCAAAACACACUGUGUUGGUGAGCAUUGCUUUAAGAAAAGAUGAUUGUGUACAAUCCUAAUUGUAUUUGAUGAAUCGCUUUGUAUUUUUGUCUGUUUAGAAGAGCUGCGUGAGAGGAACAAAGAGAAAUUUUUUGCAUGUGAACUCUGAGAGGGUCGGGAUGUUUCGAAUCACUUUAAACACCUGUCACACUCACCCUACAGCGAAGCAGACUUUAGUUGUAUCUUUAUUCACACAGUACUGUAUGUUUUUAGAUAUUUUUUUUUAUUACUUGGAGAAAAGUAGAAAGUAGCAGCAGCACUUUGGAGAGGAGAAGCGUUUGGAAGAGCAACAGGGAGCUGAUGUGCCAUGGAAUCAUAAAGCAGUGGAUGAAUGUGACAGGUAUAGAAGAAAUCCUAGGUCAGACAUGGAUUAAACUGGUGGCGUAUUGAUGACGUUAAGUACAAAUAUAGUAAUUUACGGUGCCUUGCAAAAGUUUUUUUUUUUUUUUUUCCAUUUUGUCACAUCACAACCACAGACUUCCUUGUACUUUUUAGAGGGGGGGGAGUAAUAGAUCAACACAAAGGAGUGUUUAACUGUGAAGUUGAAGUAGAUCAAUCCCAGUUGUUUUUACUAAUAAAAAUCGAAACAAUUUGUGACGUAAUUUUUUUAUUUUUUCAUAUUUAGCAUAUUUUUACCAGAACGUAAGUGUAAAAUGUCUGGGUUUUUUCCAGCGUGAUUAUGUAUUUUGUUCCAAACGCCGUCUAAUAAACUCUGAUCAGCUUCCCUCACCCUGCUGAAGAAAGGCAUCCUUGCAGCAUCAUGUUGCCACCACUAUGUUUCACAGUUUGAAUGAUGUGUUCAGUGUGAUGUGCACAGCAUUUUUGCAAGGAGGCCAAAGAUGUUUUGGUGCCAUCUCACGAGAGCACCUUCUUUCACCUGUUUGCUGUGUCCCCAUAGUUUGCUGCAAAUUUUUAAAAAGGACUUUCAAUACCUUUCUUUCUUUAUACAGUGACUGCUUUUUUGCCUUUUUCAUACAGGCCAGAUUUGUGGAGUGAAAUCUGUCAUUUUUACACAGUAAAAUCCACCUAUGUGUGAUUUUACUAGUUAAUUAACAAUUGAAACUUGCACAGGGUUUUAUUUUUGACAUCACAAAGAGGGUGUUGAAUACAAAUGCACACAACACUUCACUCUUUACAAUUACCCGCUACUUUGUCACGUGAAUGCAAGGCAGCGUGUGGUUUUAAUGUGACAAAAUGUGUAAAAAUAGCGAUGUGGAUUCUUUUGCAAGGCACCAUGCACAAUAGUAGACAAGUAUUGGAAUGUGUUUUCAUAGUUUGGGCUGUGGGAUAAAGGUGAACAGAAAAAAACAACAACAGCUUUUUAACAUCCUAGUGAUGUUCUGUGCUAAACCAAGAGCUUAGAAACUCACACCACAUCAUUUUGAAGGUCACCAUGUAUUUUGUAACAUGUGCGUGUGUGUGUGCGUGUGUGUGUGCGUGUGCGUGCGUGUGUGUGUGCGUGUGUGUGUGUGUGUGUGUGUGAUGCUGGUCUGUGUCUCUUCAUACACCCACACGCAGACAAAAAAAAAAACAGUACAGACCAUCCCUGAAAUCAUUGACCUUUGAUAUGUACUGUAUUUGUCAAUACACUUUUAGAUUUCUGCAGGUGCAAGCAUAUUUGGUUCACGGUGUCCCUACUGCAAAGACACCGGUGGACUGACAUUGGACUGGUGCACACUGCUAGCAGUACCGUCAUACUGAAAGUGCUUCGUGAUGUGUUUGUGUAUGGAUGGGAAUUUAGGAGUAUGUGUGCGUGUUUGCGUGUACAUGUGCAUUGUGCAUAGGAAAGAGGUAGUUGUUAGAUAUAUAUUUAGGAAAUGCUUAAUGUCCAGUGUUUCUACUUGGAGUCUUUACUUACGAGAAUCUUGCAAUUUGCACAUCAGGAGGAGGGAGUGAGGUGGAGACAUGAUUUUCAGCGCCCCUGUCCUGAAACAAACUCUAGACCACAUAAAACACACUGGAGGAAACCAGGGUUUUUUUUGUUUCUGUUCCACAACAGGCACUUCGCCACAUUUAGAGCACAUGCUUCUACAUCAGCUCUUUAAAUGUCAGUUACAAAAAAGUUAUUUAAACACAGAGCAGAAUUUAAAUGUGCCUGCCUACUGAGUUUAUUCAAAGAUGGAAUAUUUUCUAGUUGCUCUCGAGGAGACGAUUUGCCCCACAGUCGAGCCCCUAGUGACGGAGAUAGAGCGUCUCAUACAGCUGAAAGCUAUUAUCACUAAGACGUAGCGGUUACCUCAGCAAAUGUGCUUGCCUGGUGGUUGGUAUUGAUGAAUUUUUUAAAUCGGUGGUGUUAAAGGUUCAAAACAAUUACACGCUGUUUCUUGCAUAUGAAAGUCCUUGCAACUUUGAUUGUUUUAAAACAUAUAUAAUAAAGGAACCUAGUUGCUUAGUUUUAAAAUGUUCUUUGUGUAAAACCCUUUACGCCAGAUUAAGACCAUACCAUGAUAUUUAAAUCAGCCAGGAUGUUGAUGAUUAUUGAAAGAUCUUCUUUUAUGCUUUAAGAAGACAGUGUGCAAACCAUUAGGGGUAAAGGAGCAUGGGAGUUACUCCAACGAUUUAAGCAAAUUUUUGUGAUGAGACUAUGUUGCAGCAUUGGUAGCAUAUUGGGGUCCUCGGUGAAGAAGUUUUACUUAGCGUUGGGAGUAGCUAAUCGAUGGCACAUUGCCAUCAAUUUUUGCUCAUUAGUGAUUUUAAGGUUGAGUGGCCUGAUGCUAGGGCUACAACUUUAUGCACACAAUAGACAGUCAAUAAUCAAAACUUUAUUUUUAAGCCUUAGGAACUGCAGCUUUUACAGCUCAAACAAGCAACCCACCAUCCCAGUAAAUAAAUAAAUGAUUUGUAAUGGUCAGGCAGGUAUGUCCUCAGCUCCCUUUGGAAUAGCACACACACCUCCAAAUUGUGAGACCCUAAAAGCUUUUCAAUCUGCAGUUCAAAUGUUAUUUUCCAAGUUUUUUUUUCUUUUUCUUUUUUUUCAAGAUAUGGUCUUAAUCUGUAGCGAAAGGGACCAGACCACAUUUCACCACGAGAUGAAUUCUUCUGCAAGCAUAUCUGUUAUGUUCAGUUCUGCUUCAGUUCAGCUUACAUAUCCCGUCUCUUUAAGUCAUGGCUUAUCGACAUUUAUCCCACAGGUUGUAGAUCCACCUCUAAGGGACAAAGACGUUUCAUGUGGUGAGUGUUUGUUGGGUUGAUGGCAGGAUGCAUGUGUGUUGAGACGGGCGGAUCAGUCAAUGAAACAAGAUGGUAAAGGGGAGUUAACGAGAAGACCCCAAAUGAGAUUUGAAAAUGCUUUAUUUUUUUAUAAUAAAACAGGGUUUUCAGAUCAACAUCACCAUAGUAGUGCUCUUUUAUUUCUUUCCUCUCCUUCAGAAACCUAUUCAAGAGAAGUAUGUGUUCCUGUGUGCAUGUGUUUUAUAAAUGUAUGUUUCUUGUUUUGUCUAUUCCCUCUUACCAAAAACACAAGGAAAAUUCAGCAUUAAAACAAACCUUGCCCCCACUCCAGUCAUCUAAACUUUUUGUAUUCAAAUAGGUUAAACCUAAAAAGAAUCGUAUACCAAAGCCUAAUUAACCUACUCUUGCUUUGGUUGGGUUAGGAAAGCAAUAGAAAAACCAUAUUCAGGCACUCUGCUCCCAUGAGUGGAACAGUCUCCGCAAUAAACAUUUAAUGAAAAUAUUCCUCCAGCAUUACAGUCAAAACAAACGUCUGUCUAUUGUGAAAAUAUAUUUAGAUAAUUAUCCAUCAAUACAACUUGCUUCAACAAAACUUUUCCCCUUUACCAUAAAUUCUACUUUAACAUCUUGAAAUUGCUGUUUGCAAUACCAGUUGCUAGUUUUCAGGGAAGACUCGUAUAUAUGCAGUAACGUAAUUUAACGCCCCCGAACCUCUUCUGUUUUUCCUGCUGGUCAGUCGUUAACGCUGAUGCUAAAGCUACAGGUUAGCAUACGUCACAUGCACCUGAAAGCAACCAGCGCCUUGUCUCUGCCCAGCUCUGCCUCGUUGCCACGACUACAUAGUGACCUCGUUAACUUUGUUUCAGGUACCCGAUCGCAGCCAGCCAACCUCCCAAAUACCUCCUCUUGAGGCAAAGCAAUCGUUUAACCCCGUAAACAACCGUUAGCUACCUUUCAGUGUGAUCCUGUCUUCAUGUUGGCGUAUAAUGACCAUUAAAGGUUUUUUUGAGGGGGGGGGGGGGGGGUUUGUUAGGGGAAAAGGGUUUCUGUGGAAAGGUUAUGAUCGGUCAGUAUCCUUAAAGGGUAAAGUGAAAAUAAUAAGCUACGUUUGGAGGAAGAAUUUGAAACAGUUAAUGCAAUGGCUAAGAGUGAGGCCAGCUCUGAAAUCAGUUUCCAUUUCAAUGAUUUUAUAAACUUUUUAACCAUUAUCAUCUUUUACACAGAUGCUGUUGGAUAUUCACACUGAUCACAUGUUUGUCUGCAGUUCCUUACAAGAGGGGAUCAGAGGUUGUAAAAAAUGGUUCUCAUGAAUCGCUGUGUAGUUCUUAAGAUUAGUUUUGAGAUGGCAAAGAUUCAUCAGAUUAAAUGAUGUUAUUGGGUCAUUGCAUAUUAAAGUGGAGGUCCUCGUGCUGUUAAAGACUUUAUGUGAAAGUCUGUGGCAGCAUAGCUUAGCUGGUGAUCAAGUUAUCUAGUGUUAAAUAUGUAGAAAGGUGAUACUGGUGUUAUUCACCAAAAGGAACAUGUCAACCUAUGGCAGUGAAACACAAGACAGAUUCUCAGUCAUGUGACAAGUAUAUUAUUAAUUAUUUUAAUCCUUAUAGGACAACUGAAAUUGAAACUGCAACUCAGUUAAAAAAAAAAAAAAAUUUCUCUGAAUCAUCAUUUGGUUUAUUUAAUGUGAUUAUACUUGUUAAAACAGAUCUAUUAAAGCCUUCAUUUUGUGUUUUUAUCUUAAAAUAAUUUGUUGAGGUAUUGCUAUUAGACCCUGUUUCAGAGUGCAUGUAUUCCAAACCUCUGUCUAUGAAACCUGUGGUCAUUCAGAAAGUUAUAUACUGCAGGUAAGACACUGAUUGCUCGUAUCCUCUUCACAGAACCCCACUUAAAAAAAACAUUUUUUUAAAUCUUGCCACUGAAGUUUUUAUUUCACCUAGAAAAUUCUGUCAAUUUUCGUUAAUAACACAAGUGAGCUUGGUAUGGAGGUUUGUCGUGGAUGAAGUUGAGGGAGUCGUAAAGUUCUUGUUUUGUUUAUUGAUCUGAAGUUCGCCCAUUUUUAAUCCCCUUUAAAUAUAUCCUAUUGUGCAAUACGUACAUUUUAUUUUCCCCUCUAUUACCGUGCCAAGUGUAUGUAGAGAGUUCAGCGAGCUUUUGUGUUCUAACCUCUCUCCAUGUGUGGCCCUUCUGCAAAACAAAAGUAAGGAGGCUUUUUUUUAAAGCAAGAAACAAACCCACCUUUUUUUUGUUAUUUUUUCCCCUCGUUACUCUCUUUCCCCCCACACCUGUGUGGCCUUCCUCUGUUUUUGUGUAUGUCUGCAUCUUGAGUCCUGCGUGUCGUCCAAACACGCACGAGUGUGUUUUAUGUGUGUGUUUGUUGUUUUCUUCUCUAAUUGACCGUGAGAUCGUAAACCCUGAACCUCAGAUGUUCCUGGUGGGACUCACAGAUAAGGAAAAUAUAAACUCAUUGAUAGUGGGGACCACUUUUUGUAAAAAGUUGGGGGAAAAAAAAAAAAAAAAAAAAAAAAAAAAAAAAAAAAAAAAAAGCAACAGAUGCACAUGUAAGUAGAUGUAAAAACAAAAGAAAAAAAAAAAAGAAAAACUUGAUAAUGUUUCAGCACUUUCUAAUCCUGGGACGGGCUCGGUCUAACCCCUCUUUCUCAGACUGCAGCCCCGUCCUAGGGAAAACAUUCAUUCAAAAAUACGUAGAGAGUGACAAUGGGGGGGUGGAAGGAGUGUGAUUACUGAUGGGAAAGAGAGGUGGCUCAAGUUUUAUUUUUUGCACAUCAGCUUUCUUUAUUUCUUUGCAGUAACCUUGAGUUUGUCUCAUCUUCACUUGGCGCCGGCGCGUUCCUGGGUCCAACGGGCCGUGGCGCUAGGUGAUUCUGUGGCUUGUUUUCCAUGAAGAAAACCUCUUUCUGUCUUCUUCUUUUUUUUUUUUUAUCUAUGUGAGGAACAGAAAUCUUUCCCUCUCCCCCCCACAACAGCAUCCAAGCUGGGUCAUUAUUUGUGCUUUCAUUGUGCUCCCAUGUUUUUGAGCUCUAAUUUGGCAGAGGUGUUUGACAGCUCGGUUUGGGUCGUCCGGUGUGAAAACACUGCGUGCAACCCUUCGCUUUGUUUGCAUUAUCUUUUGGUGCAGGAGCUUUUUUUGUGUGUCAUUUCUGGUCUCCUCGUAGCACUCGGUAUAAUGUCAGGGGACUUGGAAAAACUAUGUAGAGAAUGUGUCAUUGUUCAUUCUUAAGACAAGCUUCCUCAGUUGAGGAACACUGCUUAUGUUUUUUUUUUCUUUCUUUUUUUUUAAUUGGCUUCUUGCACAACUUGACAAACAAAAUGAAUGUUGGUGUGUGAGCUUUGACUUUUUUAAUAUAAAAAAAGGCAUGUGUGCUCCAUUGUUUCUUGAUGUUUGUAUUUUCAUUUUGCAAGAAAAAGGAUGUUUUUUGGCACAUUUUUGUGUUUUAAAGUUUUAAAAGUGAAUAGAACUUUUUCAGGAUUCCUCUUUUUCCUUGUUAAUUAUGUUCGUUUUCUUUUCUUUCUUUUUUUUUUUUUUUUGUUUGUUUGUCCAUAGCGCUGGAUAACCAACUCAGGCAGAAAGAUUAAAAAAAUUAAAAUUAAAAAAAAAAAUGUGUAAAGGCCCACAUAACAGUUUAGUUUCACCCCAAUCAAUUUACAUAGUGGGCUGUUUUAAUGUAUGUACAUUUAUCACAUAUAAUUUGAUAUUGCAGUUGAUUCUUUUGAUGAUUAACAAAUGUCAUAACUGAAAGUAAACUAUAAAUUAUUACUCUGGUAUUCUGUGUAACAUGCUGGAGAUGCCUUGGAUUUCUCUUCGGUGUACUAAACAUCUGCGCACGGCGACAAACUCUCAGAACUGGUUGCCUCUGACCCUCCCCACUGCCAUGGAGGGGACGGAGGCCAUCCGUCAGCCGAUUCCUUCCCCUGGUCUGAACACUCAGCCCUGAGGCUCGCCACCGGUCGGUCUAGCUAUCACUCUGCGAACCUGGUACAUCGAGUACUAAACUGAAACUCUAUACAGGCCGACGAGGUGGGGGCAGAGACCCCUACAUCAGCACAGUCCGGCACAGACAGUCUGUCCUGUGGUGGGCCACAGAAAAUCCCAGCCAACUUGUUUGUACUAUAUUGUACUCACUCGAGUCUCCGUGUGUCACCGCCCUUAUCCUCUAUAGCAAAUGGAGAAAGAAAGAAAAAAAAAAAACCUGUUGGUGUAUGUAUUUGACAUCUGUAUAAAUGCACCUCUUUGAAAA